AUGAUGAUGGAGAUGAAACGUAUUAUCAUUAUCGGAGCAGGUGUCUCAGGCCUCACUACAGCCCUCUUACUUGCGAGAAGUAGGAAUGGAAGGGCGAAUGGUUCUGAGAAUUCGAGGAAGGGGAGAUUUGAAAUUGAAGUGUUUGCGAAACAUAUGCCCGGGGACUACGAUGUGGAGUAUUGCUCGCCGUGGGCUGGGGCGAAUUUCAUGCCCACAAAGUGUGAGGGGAAUUUGGUAUCUGCGUCGUAUCAUCGUAGGACGUGGCCUUGGUUUCGAUAUUUGGCGGAGAGGCUUCCAGAGGCGGGUGUGCAUUUCGAAGAAGCGACAGUCUACACGAGAACCAAAGAUGAAGAGGCGGGAAGGGUGAAAUUCCCUGCUAAGCCGUGGUGGAAAAGAGUUAUUUUAUGA